ACAGAGUUAAUGAACAACCUAGGUCCAACGUAGAACAAGUAUAUGGGGGGUAAACUGGUACUCUGAACCUGAAAAUGAUGAUGAAUUGAAAAGUCUAAAAGGGUCUGAUGAUGAGGAAUCAAAUGAACAAGUGAAGUUCAAUGAGAAAGUACAUAUGAAGAACCCUGAACUAAUUUGUGGCAUGAUUUCCUAAUGCACAGACAUUUAGGAAAUAUUUGAAGGAAUGGAAUGUGGUACAUGGUUAUGUCAUUGAGUUUGAUAAGAAUGAGUCAAGUAGGAUAACUACCAAGUGUAGACUGGGUUGUACAUGGAGGAUUCACGCCUCUAAGGUUGGGAAAGAAGCUACCUUCACAAUCAAAACUAUUAAGGGUACACAUGAGUGUGGAAGGCAGUACAUUAACAAACAAGCAGACUCUAGGUAUUUGGGAAAGAAAAUUGUGGAUGAGGUCAAGGACAACCCAGGAAUUGAUAUUCCUUCUCUGCAAAAGAAGAUUAGGAGGAAUGUAAUGAUUGAUGCUAGCAGAUUUCAAGUAUACAGGACCAAGAGGAAUGCUUGGAAUCUAAUUGCAGGGGAUAUGUAAGAACAAUACUUGAGGAUAUGGGACUAUGCAGAGACUGUUAGAAAGCAAAAUCCAGGCAGUCACAUCAUCAUCAAAACAGAUCCAGAUUGUACUGAGUCCACAUUUCAAAGGAUGUAUUGUAGGCUUUCUUCAAUGAAAAAUGGAUUUUUAGCUAGUUGUAGGCCUAUCAUAGGUCUAGAUGGCUGUCAUUUGAAAGGGAUUUAUGGAUGGCAAUUGCUAACUGCCGUUGGGAGGGAUGGGAAUGAGAACUUGUUCCCAAUUGCUAUGGCCUUAGUUGAUAUUGAGAGCAAGGAUUCCUGGAUGUGGUUCAUGAGGAUAUUGGUAGAGGAUAUUGGAGAUAGUCCUUAGACAUUCAUAUCAGAUAGGCAGAAGGGGUUGGUUGAGACAUUUGAGGAACUCUUGCCUACAGCUGAUCACAGAUAUUGCCUCAAACGUAUGUACAGCAACUUCAAGUUGCAGUUUCCUGGGACUCUGAUGCAGGAAUUAUUUUGGAGGGCUGCUUCUACAUACAAUGUGAAUGCCUUCCAUUACUGGAUGAACAAGAUAGAAGAGGCAGACCCUAAACUCACACCCAACCAGAAGACAGCUGCAGAUUGGUUAAGGAAAACAGAUGCCAGGUUGUGGGCUAGAUCUCAUUUCUCUACAAACUCUAAAUGUGAUGUGCUGGAGAACAAUUUUACUGAAUUAUUCAACUCCUACAUCCUCCAAGCUAGAGAUUUUCCUAUCAUAUCUAUGUUUGAGUGGAUUAGGAAGAAGUUGAUGGAAAUGAUACAAGUGAAGAAAGCUGGGAUGGAAAAAUACACUAGUCAGAUAUGUCCAAACAUUAUGGAUAAGUUGGAAAGUAUCAAAGUUGAUAGUAGGGUUUGUGUGGCUAGGUGGUGUGGUGAGAGAGAGUUUGAGGUGGAUCAUUUUGAUAGGUGUUACAUAGUUCAUCUAGGCAACAAAAGUUGUAGCUGCAAAAAGUGGGACAUGACUGGUAUUCCUUGUUGCCAUGGUGUUGUAGCUAUUCAGAAGGACCGUAGUAAGAUUGAAGACUAUGUGCACCCAUAUUAUACUAGAGAUGGGUACUUGGCAGCAUAUUCAUACAUGAUUCAUCCAGUGCCUGAUAUUUAUGAGUAUGUGCAAAUUGGUUUACAACGACUUAAUCCACCCCUUGCAAAGAAAUUGGGGGGUAGACCUAAAAAAGCAAGGAGGAGGCAAGCAAAUGAGCCCAAGAAGAAAGGAGAUGAGCAGAAAGCAUCUAGGAAAAACUUGAAUGUGACGUGUCGUAAGUGCUUGCAAGUUGGACACAACAAAAGGACAUGAAAGAACAGGCUCCACCCCAAAUCCAAGAUGAUAAAGAGGUCAGGACAUGCUAUUGUUAGAGCAUCUUCUUCCCAACUAACCCCAAGACAAGCUGCACCUGCAGCAUCUUCUGGUCAAAGACCAUUGACUUAGGUGAGGGCUAUUUAUUCACUCACAUGCACUUUGUCAUUUAGUUGCAUAUGUACAAUGAAUGCACUAUAACAACCAUCUAUAAUUGCAGCCACCUAAGCUACCCACAUAUGAAGGAAAGGGAAAAGGUGUUGCUACAUCUGCAAGUGGCAGUGUACAAGGAAGGGGUGUUGGAGUGGCUACAAGUGGGAGGGGACAAGGAAGAGGUGUUGGAGUGGCUGGAAGUGGGAGGGGACAAGGAAGAGGUGUUGGCAUAGCUGUUGGAAUGGCAACAUCUGCAAGUGGGAGGGGACAAGGAAGAGGUGUUGGAGUGGCUAGAAGUGGAAGGGGUCAAGGAAGAGGUGUUGGAGUGGCUGGAAGUGGAAGGGGACAAGGAAGAGGUGUUGGCAUGGCUGCUGGAAUGGCAACAUCUACAACUGGGAGAGAACAAGGAAGAGGUGUGUGAGUGGCUACAGAUGGGAGGGGAAGAGGAAGGGGUGUUGUGGCUCCACUGAGUCAAGUGCUUGAGAAUAUCAAAGCAAGGAAGAGAGGCCAAGUUGAAUGAUGUGUUACUGUGUUGACAAAGACUUAGGACUCUAUGUAUUUAACAAGACUUAAAACUUCAACUUUAUGUAUUUAACUAUUGGUACUUGAGCACAACUUUAGGUUGAAUGGUUGGCCAAUCACUUUUUGUGUCUUAUUUUGUGUUGGCCAAAGUCAAGUUGAAUGGUUAGCCAACCACUUUUUGUGUUGCCAAAGUCAGUAUUUUGUUGUGGCAACUUGGAGUAUUAUCUGCAGUCUUUUGGGAUAUGUAUUUGACGAUU